AUGGUUGUCUACUCCUUCUACAUUUUUGACCGCCAUGCGGAAUGUAUAUACAAACGGCGAUGGGUCCCCCGUCCACCGUCAAUUGUUGGGAAGUCCUCGCGUCCGACUUCGGAGACGUCCACCACAGCCAAUGCGCUGCCCCCUGUGCUGGGCCAAUCUGCGCGGACCACUGACGAUGAUGCUAAGCUGAUCUUCGGUACCGUCUUCUCCUUACGAAAUAUGGUCCGCAAAUUGGGAGGCGAAGAUGAUAGCUUCGUUACCUAUCGCACCAGCCAAUACAAGCUCCACUAUUACGAGACCCCUACCAACAUCAAGUUCGUAAUGCUUACCGAUGUCAAGAGUCCCAGUAUGCGAGUUGCAUUGCAGCAGAUCUACAUCAAUCUUUACGUUGAAUACGUGGUCAAAAAUCCGCUGUCUCCCGUUGAGCACCCAGGCGGUGUGGGUGUGAAUAACGAACUUUUUGAGGAGUCUUUGGAACAAUUUGUGACGCGCGUCCUGUCUUGA